UCUGAAAAGGACACAUUCAGCCCCUACAUCCCUGGCUCCCAGACGGCGACUCUGAAACUCUAGGUUGACCCAUAUAAGAGAUCUGUUUCUUCUCUCAGCACACAGCACAACUCCAGGUGCAGGUUGACACCCAGAAGCAAAGCCAAGGUGCUACAGCGGUCUGAGAGCUUUAACAAGCAUCCUGACAAACAGGCUUUCUUGGUGUUCCCGAGGCCAUUGGAUAAUACCAGUCAUGGAUAGAGAAAAGCCUGAAGCCAGUCCCAGCUCAUCAGAAUCAAACAUGGAGCAGAUCACACCCAGGGAGUUAAAAGGCAGAAAACCUUCCAAUAAUAUCCUGAUAUAUUUGAUUGACAGGCAGCUGGGGAGGCCCAGAAAUCAUAUGAAUUUAUUUGAAUGGGUUUGUACCAUAGCAUAAGUACCUGCACAGAGUAGUCUUUGCCAAAAUUAAUGUUUAUGUACGACUGUUUGUUUUAAAAAGAAGCAGAAUCGCAAGACACUCUCAUGCUUGAUCCAUUAAACU